AUGUAUGUGCCUACUCUAACGCGUUCGGAUAUUGGAAUGGGAACGCGUAUAUGCGUGUGCAAACUUUUGCUUAUUGCCUUCGCGUGCGUCGCUGCUGUGGCUGGUGAUGUUAGUCACUUGCCCUCCACCGAGUACCUGCCUUCUAUUCAAGAUGUUGUUCCAGUUGAGGCUCCAGUUUCUAAUUUUAUUCCAGAAGUUGCUGUUCCUGCGCCAAUUUCAAUUGAAUCUGCUCCAUCACAUAUUUUGACUGAUGAUGGAUACCGUUACAAGACACAUCGUCGUGUUGUAUACCGUCGCAACCGUCGUGAUGUAAGCCAUUUGCCUUCCAACGAUUACUUGCCUCCAGUACAAGAAGCAGCUCCAGCUCCCAUUCCAGUUGAAGCUGCUCCAGCCCAUAUUUUGUCUAAUGAUGGAUACCGUUACAAGACACAUCGUCGUGUUGUAUACCGUCGCAACCGUCGUGAUGUAAGCCAUUUGCCCUCCAACGAUUACUUGCCUCCAGUACAAGAAGCAGCUCCAGCUCCUAUUCCAGUUGAAGCUGCUCCAGCGCAUAUUUUGUCUAAUGAUGGAUAUCGUUACAAGACCAAUCGUCGUGUUGUAUACCGUCGCAACCGUCGUGAUGUAAGCCAUUUGCCUUCCAACGAUUACUUGCCUCCAGUACAAGAAGCCCCAGUUGCUACACCUUUGUCUAAUGAUGGAUACCGUUACAAGACCAAUCGUCGUGUUGUAUACCGUCGCAACCGUCGUGAUGUAAGCCAUUUGCCUUCCAACGAUUACUUGCCUCCAGUACAAGAAACACCAGUUUCUGCACCAGUAAACGACCACAUUUUGGCUAAUGAUGGAUACCGUUACAAGACCAAUCGUCGAGUUGUAUACCGUCGCAACCGUCGUGAUGUAAGCCAUUUGCCUUCCAACGAUUACUUGCCUCCAGUACAAGAAACACCAGUUGCUGCACCAGUAAACGAAUACUUGCCUCCUGUUCAACAGACCGUCGUAGCCCCUGCUCCAGUCUACGCUCCGGCUCCAGUUGAAGCAGCACCAGCUCAUAUUUUGACCGAUGAUGGUUACCGUUAUAAGACGCACCGUCGAGUAAUUUACCGUCGUCAUGAUGUUAGCCAUUUGAGCAAUCAAUAUCUCCCACCUCAGCAUGCUGCCUCCGCUCCAGCACCAAGCUAUAGUGCCCCAGCUCCAGUCUACAGCAUUGCAGCUUCUGCGCCAGCUCCAUCCUACAGUGUCCCAGCUCCAACCUACUCCGUCGCAGCCUCUGCACCCGCUCCGUCCUACAGUGCCCCAGCUCCAACCUACUCCGUCGCAGCUUCUGCACCAGCUCCAUCCUACAGUGCCCCAGCUCCAUCCUACACCGUCGCUGCAUCUGCACCAGCUCCAUCCUAUAGUGCCCCAGCUCCAGUCUACUCCGUCGCAGCCUCUGCACCAGCUCCAUCUUACAGUGCUCCAGCCCCAAGCUUUAGUGUAGCUGCGUCUGCUCCAGCUCCAUCUUACAGCGCUCCAUCUGUGUCGUAUGCCGAACCUGAAUAUGCAGCCUCUGAACCAGCUCCAGCUCAUAGUUUCUCCUCAGCAGAUGGUUACCGCUACAAAACUCAAAGGCGUGUUGUAUAUCGUCAUCGUCAGCGCCGUGGCGCUCCUUCAAGCGAAUACUUGCCGCCAGCAGCUUCUUCUCUCUCAUCGGAAUAUUUGCCUCCAGCAGCAUCCGCUCCAGCUCCAUCUUACUCUGCGGUCCCUGAAGUAUCCUUCGCACCAGCCCCAUCUUAUCAAUCGGAAUCAUACGCCCCAGCUGCCUCUUUCCAAUCAGCAGCUUACGCCGAGCCGUCCUACGCAGAAUCUGCUCCCGCUCACAGCUUCUCUUCUGAUGAUGGCUACCGGUACAAAACUGCUCGUCGCCGCGUCUAUCGUCGUCGCCGAUUCUAAACUAUUCAGAGGGAUCAAAACGAAAACAUAAUCCAAGAUGGAUAAUAUUUUGAAUUUGUCGUCUGU